GCUUAUUUGCUGUGGCACCGCGCGCGCGCUCCGUCUCUCUCUCCUCUCUCUCUCCUCUUCACUCAUUCACUCCGCCACGCAACGCUGCGGGACGCUGCUGGAUUACGCUCUGCGUGUGGCUGGCUGGCUGGCUGGCUGGCUUGUUUGCAUCACCCAAGAUCACCGUUUUUGUUUUGGAGUGUGUUUUUUUGAGGGGAGGCUCGUGCGUCGUCACGUCGUUUACCUAACCUCUGUCUAUCAAUCCAUCAUCCAUCCACCUAUCCAUCCGUCCUCCUUCAGCAGCAUCCCUGCAUCCCAGCGCGCUCUGCAUCUCAGCACGCUCGCCUGGCUUGUCUCUCUCUUUCUCUCUCUCUCUCUCUCCCUCACUCUCUCUCCCUCUCUCUCUCUCACUGGCGGGAUGGACGGCACGCGCUGCUCUCCAGCUUCUCUGCGCGAUGCCCAUGUCAUCUGAGGCUUAAGAAGAGGACAAGAAACAAAGCAACUUAUCUCUCCCUCUCCACUGUUCUCUUUUACCCUCCAUUCAGCUUGCAUCUCUUUUGUUGCCAUGGACCGGCUGCACUCAUCCAUGCGCAAGCGUCUCUACAGCCAAGGGGACACGGCGGAGGAUGGUGAGCAGGAUGCGCGCAGGAAGAGCGUGAGGAUGAAGCAGCUGUUGCCCUCUGCCUCGCCGACCGGGAGCAGCGGAGAGAGAGAAAGAGCAGGAGGUGAACGAGGAGGAGGAGGAGGUGGGGGAUCAGGAGGAGGAGGAAGCGGGGGAGGCGAGACGGAGACGGACAUGGGCAGCAGAGCCUUCAUCAGGGCAAACGGUGACUGCCGGAGGUUCAGGGGCAGCAGCAGCAUGCCAGAGGGAGAUGCUGCCGAGCAGAGGCGCCUGAUCACCGAGGAGGAGGCCAGCCCUGAGGAGGAGGACGAGGAGGAGGAGGAUGAGGAGGCAGAGGAGAAGUGGAGGAAGAGGGAGCGAGAGAGGAAGAGGGAGAUGGAGGAAGAGGAGGUGGUGGUGGAGGAGAGGGAGAGGGAGAGGACACCCAGUCUGGGCAAGUUGGAGAGUGGCGAGCAGAUGGACGAGGAGAGGCUGUACCAGGCCGGUUUCAUGCACAGGCAACUGGGCGCCAUGCUGCAGCCCGGGGUCAACAAGUUCUCCCUGCGCAUGUUCGGCAGCGAGAAGGCCGUGGAGAGGGAGCAGGAGAGGGUCAAGUCGGCCGGCUUCUGGAUCAUCCACCCCUACAGUGACUUCAGAUUCUACUGGGACCUGAUCAUGCUGCUAUUGAUGGUGGGAAAUCUGAUCAUCAUCCCUGUGGGAAUCACAUUCUUCAAGGAUGAGCACACCCCGGCCUGGAUCGUCUUUAACGUGGUCUCCGACACCUUCUUCCUAGUGGACCUGGUCCUGAACUUCCGGACGGGAAUCGUGAAGGAGGACAGUACGGAGAUCAUUCUGGACCCUCAGCUGAUCAAGGUGAGGUACUUGCGCAGCUGGUUUGCUGUGGACUUCAUCUCCUCCAUCCCUGUGGAUUAUAUCUUCCUCAUUGUUGAGACUCGGAUUGACUCGGACUUCUACAAGACCGCCAGAGCUCUGAGGAUCGUCCGCUUUACCAAAAUCCUCAGUCUUCUCAGACUGCUACGACUGUCCCGCCUCAUCAGAUACAUUCACCAGUGGGAGGAGAUUUUCCACAUGACCUACGACCUGGCCAGCGCUAUGGUGCGUAUAGUGAACCUGAUUGGCAUGAUGCUAUUGCUGUGCCACUGGGACGGCUGCCUGCAGUUCCUCGUGCCCAUGCUGCAGGAUUUCCCCUCCGACUGCUGGGUUUCUAAAAACAAAAUGGUGAAUGAUACUUGGGGUCAGCAGUACUCUUAUGCCCUGUUUAAGGCUAUGAGCCACAUGCUGUGUAUUGGCUAUGGCAUGUACCCACCCGUAGGCAUGACAGACGUUUGGCUGACCAUCCUCAGCAUGAUCGUAGGUGCCACCUGCUACGCCAUGUUUGUGGGUCAUGCCACCGCCCUCAUUCAAUCACUGGACUCCUCACGAAGGCAAUACCAGGAGAAGUACAAACAGGUAGAGCAGUACAUGUCCUUCCACAAGCUUCCUGCAGACAUGCGCCAAAGGAUCCAUGACUACUACGAGCACCGUUACCAGGGCAAGAUGUUUGACGAGGAGAGCAUUCUAGGAGAACUGAAUGAGCCACUCAGAGAGGAGAUCAUCAGUUUCAACUGUCGAAAGUUGGUGGCCACCAUGCCCUUAUUUGCCAAUGCAGAUCCCAACUUUGUGACCUCCAUGCUAACAAAGUUACGCUUUGAGGUCUUCCAGCCAGGGGACUACAUCAUUCGAGAAGGCACUGUAGGAAAGAAGAUGUAUUUCAUCCAGCAUGGGGUGCUAACAGUCCUGACCAAGGGCAGCAAAGAGACAAAGAUUUCAGACGGAUCUUAUUUUGGAGAGAUCUGUUUGCUGACCCGGGGCAGGAGAACAGCCAGCGUGAGGGCAGAAACCUACUGCCGCUUGUACUCCCUGUCUGUGGAUCAUUUUAACGAAGUGCUGGAAGAGUACCCGAUGAUGCGGCGAGCCUUUGAAACAGUAGCCCUCGACCGCCUUGACCGCAUUGGAAAAAGAAACUCUGUUCUCCAGCACAAGGUACAGCGGGAUCUCAACUCAGGUGUGCUUAACUACCAGGAAAAUGAGAUCAUCCAGCAGAUUGUGCAGCAUGACAGGGACAUGGCUCACUGUGCCCACCUAUUGCAGACUCCUCCUCCAGCUCCACAUAUAGCACACAAUCCUUCCUCACACACCCCAGUCAUCUGGGCUCCUCUCAUCCAGGCGCCUCUCCAAGCUGCUGCUGCCACCACCUCUGUGGCCAUCGCCCUUACUCGACACCCGCAUCUACCCCACACGCUCUUCCGGCCUCCAGUGCCCUUGCUAGGUUCACUCAAAGACCCGCCAGGCCAUUUGAGAAGGUUCCCCAUGCCAACUGCAGCUACAGGUGCUUCCACACGGGGUGGCUCAUCUUCUGGUGCCAGUUCUCAGCUUGGCUCAGGUGUGGAAACACCUAUUCUAGAUUCUCUCCUAGCCAAAAGUUCUGCAACAGCAUCCACACCUCCUCCAAUUUCUGCUUCCAGCUCCCUGCCAUCUUCAACCACAACCACAAUUACCACCUCCACAUCAAGCAUCAGCGAAGCAUCCGUCUUCUCCCACAGGCCUCUGGCCACCUGUGGUUCUCGAACCUCAAGUAUAGCCCAGCUUCACACCCAACCUCAGUUUCCACCAGCUUCUUUUCCCAACAUCACUGCUCCACUGCCUGGCUUCUUUCAACAGGGGGCACUAGGUGGAGAUGCAGCUCAGUUUUCCAUCCCCCCUGCCUCUACUCUAACCCCUUUGAUAGCCCACUCAAUUAGCCCAAUAUUGACCCAACUGCAGUCCACGCAACCCAGUCUUCAGCAGGCCAAACGCAGUCAGGAGGUAAGCAAGCCAGUCAGAACAGCCACUCCAUCACCAUCUACCAGAUCUCCACUUUGCUCCACGAAUCUUUCAGAGCAGUCUUCCCCAAAACCCCAGACUCAGGACCCUCAAAACAUACUACAGCCUGAUAUUCUCCCCCAUCAGCCCUGUGAACCCUCUGCCCUGGCCUCGCUUGCCCAGUAUGGGUCAGGGAAUGCCUCCCCAUGUAGUACCCCACCAGCCUGGAGCCCCAUGUCCCAGAGUCCCUUGGUUCAACGGAAGAGAACACCCCUUCACAGCAACCCUUCCAGCACUUCCGGGUCUCAGAGUUCCCUUCUGUCCCCUCAGACCCUCUUUCCUCCUCCACCCUCCCAGCCGCGAGAGAGGGGCGGGUCACUGGUUGAUCUCCCCUCUCAGGACCUCAGCACCAUCUCUAUAUCUCUCCCCUCGCCUCGUACUCUUGAAAGACCCCAGCCAGUAAGGAAAGUCUCCCAUGUCCCAGAUCCGUCCCAUGUGGUGUCUACUUCAGGUUUCGCCAAAACCCCCUCACCCACCCCUGUAACUAAACCAUACAGUUCAAUACCAGGACAUGUGGCCCUAUCGAGACAGACUUCAAAAGGGUCCAUAGUGCAGACUGGCUCUUCUAGUGGUUCACCAGCCCCUGGGUCUAGAGACAGAUCCAGUCCAGGGACGCCAAGCUUACAACCCAAACUCCCAUCAAACUUAUGAGACCAGACUGUACCCUUGUCUAUUGUACAGACUGUGUUUUUUAUCACCUAGUAAUAUCUAUCUACAAAAAAGAAACUUUUAUGGCUGAGAAGAGGACGUUUGUCUACCUGCAUUUAUAAUCGUACAAUGACUACUUUUCAACUCAUGCCAAAUGAAGGAAUAUGGAAGUGACUGAUGACUGAAUGAGCGUGUAUGGGAAUGAUUGAGUUGUGUACAAGCAAAAUGACUGUGUCUUCCAAGUUCUUUUAGCAUUUUUUGCAAUACUAAUGUCUGACAGUGAGAUUAUGUAGGGAUAUGCAACAAAUAGCAGUUUCCAAAAAAAAAAGAAGUCUUUACAGUAAUAACAGAAUUAUGUUGUACCAAUAAAAAAUGGCCCCUUUCAAAGGAGUGAAAUAUCCUGGGGAAAGAUGCAAAAAUACUCCUUGCUCUUCACCAUAUCAUCUAGUGUGGUAGAAAAAAAAACAUGUAGUACAGAUCUCACUUAUCAGGUUGCACACACAUACACACACACACACACACACAGAAAUGCAUACACCUGAUCCUCGUCAUAUUAAUUAUCAGACACAGACUGAUUAUUCCACUAGACCUUGCCCCCCAACCAUACCUCCUUGUUGAUCAAGGCGCACUGCUCAGUAUUUAUGGCCUUUCCUUUUUUAACAAAACUGCCUUAGAGCCUGAACGACCAGGGAACGAUCCCCUCACUUCCACCACAAAAGAGAUAAGAUAAAGAAUGUAUGGCAAUCAUUUUGUAUGUGCUUUCUAUGUGUACUUGUGCGGUACCUAAGCAAUAAAACUGUAUGCUUGAUUUUGUACAUGCUCUGAGGUUUGUACAUUGCAGCUUUCUUCCUAGCAAACAAAAGAUAUUGGACCAUAAAGAUGAUUACGUACUAAUAUGACGCAGUGAUACGAGCCCAUUUGGUAUGCCAAAGCUUGUGCUUUCAGAACUACAACUGUACACUUUUGUUGGACAUUCAUUGUUUUCUUUCUUUUCCUUUUCUUGCUUUGAAAUGACUUGCACAUCUUGUUAGAUGCAUAUUUACGUUUUCUAUGACAUGGUAUACAUUCUGGUUACACAAUAAUUAGCUUUUAUUUAGUUAACUGAAUGAUUCUCUGAUAUAUAUAUAUAUAUUCUAACUACAGGAAUUUGUUGGAAAUUGUUUGUAGCCAUAUUUUUAACAAUUUGGUUUAGACCCAUAAGGAUAUUAACAAUGUAACUGAUACAGUAUUAUGUAAAGGGGUAAUGUUUUUGGUAAGGGUCCUUCCUUUAGACUUUUUAUUAUGUCGUUGCUGUUACACAAAAACCUUGUAUCUCCAAAAUGACAGCUUUACAAGAGAUAGAAAAAAACUUUUUUUUAUUUUCAGUGGAAUUCAAUACAAAAUAUUUUAGUCAGUUAGUCAUUUGGGAGCAUAGGUAAAUGUAAAGAACAAGUGCUAGAAAUAUGAAAAAUGUUUAAAAUGGAGAUACAAGAUUUUCCCGCAACAACAAGAUGACAUACGAUUCUCAAUUCUCAAAAAAAUCCCUAACAGAUAUUAAGCUUUCCAGAAGCAUUGUGGUGCAAAGUGUCACCUGAAUGUCUUGUUGUACUGGUGCUACAAGAUGUUUAGGAAUUUGAAUCUCUGAUAUUAUACUUUGUUAUACACUGACAUGCCCAAAUUCAUAAGAUAGGGACCAGUAACGUGUCCCAUGGAAGCUAAAUCACACUGCACUGACCUGUGGAAUAUGUAUGUGCAUUGAAUGUUGAUGUCUUUUCUCACAGACAAUCCUAGCCAGAUGCCGCCUGUCAUGAUCAUUACCACCCACUGCGCUAUUCACUGUGGAUAUUAAUACCUUCUAUGACGUUAUAUGAAAUUAGUGCACCACUUAUUCAGCUGUGGGCAAUCCCAAGCCCUUCUCUAUAUUAACAUACUGCUGUCCCACGUUUUUUGGCAUGUCAGUGUAAUUUAACAAGUUUUAAUUCUGUGAAACUGAUUUUAUUUCAUGUAUGCAUGUGUUUGUUUCUUUAUUUAUCUUGUUUUUUAACCUGGUGUUGUGACAAAGGUGCAUAUCAGUGAGAACCCGCAGUUACUUUUGCUUUAUAGAUUUAACAUUUUUCUGCAUUUUGCAUUUGAAAAGCGUAGUGUCAUUGCAGUAUUCAUACUAUGAUUACCUUUUACACUACCUCAAGUCCCCACAUUUCCAUCCAGAUAACUACAAGGGAAAUGCAAAUGUAGGGGAGAUGUGGAAUAUUGAAUAUUUAUGGUGUAACUACUCCAGCAUCAAAGAGCCUAUUUGUCUGCACUAGAGAGUACUGCGUUUAACUGAACUACUACUCUUCAUAGACUAUCAUGUACAUCUUUAAAUGCGUGUGCAUAAGGACAUGUGUGUAUGUGUGUGUGUGUAAGAGAGAGAGAGUAUGUAUUAUUUUGUGCAAUAUUUUUCUUUUGGGGAUUAAACAACUAGGAUAGAGCAUCUAUCUUUUGUGAUGAGCGAGUAUAGCGUUAUUAAUGCUAUAAUAGCAGCUACAUACUGUUUUUUCAUCUCCAUUAACAUUCAAGAGUAUUAUUCCCCGCUGGCUUUACCCAAGGUCAUAUGGAACAAACCAUUUGCAUCAGAAUUCAUUUUUAUAUGUUUGUGUCCCUUUGGCCUUUCAUGGCCAACUGCAGUUUACAUACCACACAGUCAUACAGCAUUAAGAUAAAUGUCUAUCAUAAAUACAUAUGAAUUACAUAAAUAUAUGUGAUUAUAUAAUUUCAGAAGCGGAGUAAAGUUUAUUUAACUGUACUGAUAGUUUAAAAACUACUGAAAUACUGUACGCAUUAAAACUCUGUGUCCCCA